AUGAGCGCGCCAUCCACCUCGAAAGCCAACGGAGGCAACGGAGCGACGGGCAGCAAGGCGGCGCCAUCGCCCACGCUCUACGUCAAGAACAUCGAGGGCAAGAUCAAGAAGCCGGAACUGCGUCGGCAAUUGUACUCGCUCUUCUCCGUAUAUGGACGCGUGCUGGACGUAGUGGCGACACGCGCACCCGGAAUGCGGGGACAGGCGUUUGUCGUGUUUGAAAACCCCACCACGUCGACGGCCGCCAAACGCGCACUGCACUCGUUCGUCUUCUACGGCAAAGAGCUGCACAUCGACUAUGCGACGGGUGCCAAAUCCAGAGCCAUCCUGCGCCGCGAGAUCGGUCACGAUGCAGUGCACGAGAUGGACCUCGAACGAAGCAAGACCACCGUGAGUCGGCGGGGCGAGAAACGCACGGUCGAACCCAAACCCGACUCGGACGACGAUGAGGAGGCGUCGAGGAAACGCGCAAAGCUCGAUGACACAGAUGAAAGUGUGGUCAAGGCACUCGAUGUACCAGAAGCUAUCGAGGUGGGCGUCUUGCAGGCACUCUUUGCAAGGCAGGAGGGCUAUGUAGAGGUGACAGUGUUGGAGCAGAAGGCAGGGACGUGGACAGCAAAGAUAGAAUUCGAGGAUGCGCAAAAGGCUAGCGCCGCAAAGGAGGCCCUCAACAACAUCCAGCUCGAUCCAACGUACUCACUCAACCUCGUCACGCAAUGA